CGCGGCCGCCGGGACCCGCUUCGGACGCGGCCACGUUGUCUUGCGCGCCUGCCCCUGGGCUUCUGCCCCUCGGCGACCCGGCCCUGCCCCGGAGCGUGUUCGCGCCUUCAUCGGGGGCCCCGGCGCGGGGAGCGGCGCGGCCACCUCGAGUCUUCGCGGCGCGGGCGCGUCUGGAUCCGGGCCCGGGAGGCGCCGCCCUCCGCCCGCCCCGCGCCUCCCGGGAACGGCGACCGGAGAGCGCGGGAGAGUUGGGCGCGGCGCGGAGCUCGGUCGGGGCCCAUGCCCGUGCGCCCCGCAGGCCCCGCCAUGGCGUCCGCGAGCGUGGCCGAGUGCCUGCAGCAGGAGACCACCUGCCCCGUGUGCCUGCAGUACUUCUCCGAGCCCAUGAUGCUCGACUGCGGACACAACAUCUGCGGCGCGUGCCUGGCGCGCUGCUGGGGCGCGGCGGAGACCAACGUGUCGUGCCCGCAGUGCCGGGAGACCUUCCCGCAGCGGCACCUGCGGCCCAACCGCCACCUGGCCAACGUCACCCAGCUGGUGAAGCAGCUGCGCUCCGAGCGGCCGGUGGGCCCGGGCGGGGAGAUGGGCGCGUGCGAGAAGCACCGCGAGCCGCUGAAGCUGUACUGCGAGCAGGACCAGACGCCCAUCUGCGUGGUGUGCGACCGCUCCCGCGAGCACCGCGGACACAGCGUGCUGCCGCUCGAGGAGGCCGUGGAGGGCUUCAAGGAGCAGAUUCAGAACCAGCUGGACCACCUUAAAAGAGUGAAAGAUUUAAAGAAGAGACGUCGGGCCCAGGGGGAACAGGCACGAGCCGAACUCUUGAGCCUAACCCAGAUGGAAAGGGAGAAGAUUGUUUGGGAGUUUGAGCAACUGUAUCACUCCUUAAAGGAGCACGAGUAUCGCCUCCUGGCCCGCCUUGAGGAGCUGGACUUGGCCAUCUACAAUAGCAUUAAUGGUGCCAUCACCCAGUUCUCCUGCAACAUCUCCCACCUCAGUGGCCUGAUCGCUCAGCUGGAAGAGAAGCAGCAGCAGCCCACCAGGGAGCUCCUGCAGGACAUCGGGGAUACAUUGAGCAGGGCUGAAAGAAUCAGGAUUCCUGAACCUUGGAUCACGCCUCCAGAUUUGCAAGAGAAAAUCCACAUUUUUGCCCAAAAAUGUCUCUUCUUGACGGAAGGGCUAAAGCAGUUCACAGAAAAAAUGCAGUCCGAUAUGGAGAAAAUCCAAGAUACUUUUGAGGCAUCUGGUAACAGAUGUAGCAGAUACACGUCCUCUACAAGCAAGACAAAUGGGGAGAAACUGCGCUUGAUACAGUGGAUAAUACCAGACGUGGUUAGUUCAGAAUUAAGAGAGGCUCAAUUAUACUCAGUGGACGUGACUCUGGACCCAGACACGGCCUACCCCAGCCUGAUCCUCUCUGACAAUCUGCGGCAAGUCCGGUACAGCUACCUCCAGCAGGACCUGCCUGACAACCCCGAGCGGUUCAAUCUGUUUCCCUGUGUCUUGGGCUCGCCAUGCUUCAUCGCUGGGAGACAUUAUUGGGAGGUAGAGGUGGGAGAUAAAGCCAAGUGGACCAUAGGUGUCUGUGAAGACUCAGUGUGCAGAAAAGGCGGCGUAACCUCGGCCCCCCAGAACGGAUUCUGGGCAGUGUCCUUGUGGUAUGGGAAGGAAUACUGGGCUCUUACCUCCCCAAUGACUGCCCUCCCCCUGCGGACCCCUCUCCAGCGGGUGGGGGUCUUCUUGGACUAUGAUGCUGGUGAGGUCUCCUUCUACAACGUGACAGAAAGGUGUCACACCUUCACUUUCUCUCACGCUACCUUCUGUGGGCCUGUGCGGCCCUACUUCAGCCUCAGUUACUCGGGAGGGAAAAGCGCAGCUCCUCUCAUCAUCUGCCCCAUGAGUGGGAUAGAUGGGUUUUCUGGCCAUGUUGGGAAUCACGGUCAUUCCAUGGAGACCUCCCCUUGAGGUGAAUUCAGGCCAAAAGGGCUGUUGGCUGAAAUCCUACGCCAGGCACGAGGCAUCCUGUUGCCUUGCCACGUCCUAUUACAGAUGGGUCUCCUUACCCAUCAACACCCUUGCAGUGGGAGAGAGGAUGUCCAUGUUCUCCCACCCUCUUCCCUCCAUGCAGAUUGUGAGAUGCCGUGAGACGUAUCCAGAUGUCCACCUCCAGUGUGUCACACUUUCCGGUUUUACACUUGAUGGAGGGGAUAAAGAGUAUGGAUAAUCUUUGCAUUUGGAGAGCCAUUCAAGAUACUCACACCUUCUUGGCUCAGCCUGGUUUCCUCUGGUUCAGCCCCACAUAAUGAUCAUGGCUAUUUGCUGUCAUUCUGGGCUAGGGCUCCUCUCUGACAGCCUAGACUGGAACAAGGCCCUAUCCGCACGGCUCCCUUUCUCCCAGUUUUUCCACCUGGGAACAGUACCUUUGCCCCGAUUCCCAACCUGCCAUAGUUUUACUAACUCCAUUAAAGAAGCCUAUAUGUGUUUUGGUUAGUUACAGUUCUUUUACAAUAACAGUGGGUAAUGGCCCCCACCUGUGUUAUGAGAUAAUGUUCUAAUCAAUGUCUCUGCCUUUGUAUCUUUUCUGAGGGCUUUGCUCCCUUCGUUCUAAUGAAAGGUGUAUUCUAGUGCUGGGUGUAUGUCAUCCAGGCUGAUACUCUGCCCAGCUCCAUUUGGUGUUACUAAAUCCCUUACCAGUCAGAUUUGUGGACUGGCGGUCGGUCAUACACCAUCCCUGAAAGGAUGCUGGGACAGUCUUCCAGGGAUUCAUUGACCUCUUACCUCUUUUUCUCCGUUUCUUUUGGGGGAUGGGGAAAUUGACCUUUCUAAAGUGCAUAUCAAGGGGCAGCUCCAUCCCCAUGGCCACUGGAGCUUGAGACACUCUGAAGUCAGAAGGCUGGGGCGGAUCCCUUCCAGCAAGCCCCCGUGUUGGUUCUCAGUCCUGCUUCUCUUUGGGUACAUGCUCUUCUGUUUAAAAAUAAAGUGAAUAUGGAUGUUUA